UUGAUCGUUGAACAUAACGGUCAAACUGACUUCCCUUGUUUGAAAUCAGUUUAUGGCCGCCUUUUGUGAGAGUGUGAAUGUUUUGUUUUUAGGUGUUUGUUAGAUUGAGUUAUGGAUAAAUCCUUCAACGAUCGUCUACUGAAAAGAUUAGCUGACCGUACAAAAGCAAUUGAUGAAAAGUUGGCUGCUGCUAUGAGUAAUAACCGACGUGUCGUCAAGGAACAGUCUUCACCAAGUAGAGAAGUGAAGAAAACGGAGAUCUAUACCACUUCCGUGAAAACAACUACCCGAAUAGAUUAUUUUGACGAGCAAACUGAAACUGAGGCAUCAUCUGGGGAAGACAUGCUGUGCAACGAAAAAGAGAAUGCUAAGCCAAACAUCCAAGCAAAGCAUAAUGAAAUGGUCAACAGGUUGAAGAAGUUGGAUAAGAUUUACAAAAAUGAUGACGACGUGAACGCAUCUCCUCCGAGACGACGAACUGAAGAAAAUUUCAAAGUGGAAGACGAAGAGAUAACGGAAAGUGACUCAGGAUUGUCAAAAAGCUCCAACUCUUCCUCAAAACUUGCUGUGAAGUUGGCUGCAUUGGCUGACACAAUAAACCAGCGAGAAGAUGACUUGAGACACGUAGCAAGCAAGCCGAAACAGGAGAAGCCUGUAAUCGCCAACCGACCGUGGCGUGGGGGCUUCAUGCCCUCCACCCAAAGCACCAUUGUCCCCCAGCAAUUUCCGGGCUCCAUAGCCAAAACCCGUCCUCAAACUAAAAAGCCCACCGCGGCUUCUAGCUCUACGGUCCAGAACAGGGCAACCACUCCAAAGCCUGUUGUUUUGGAUCAAAGUGUACUUGCUAAUUUGGAAGCACAAGGGUUUGAGCGUUGCGAGUCUCAUAGCAAUCUGGCCUACGAUUACCGAAAGGGUGAAAAGGAUAAGCAGAUGAAACAGACUCCAGAAACGAGUAGCAAAGUGAAAGAGGCUAUUGAGAAGUGCAAUGAUAGAGACAGUAGAGCUGCCUCGCCAGUUAUAAGCCCAUCCAUGUCCCCAGCAAGAGGAAUGUCUCCUUCCAGAUUGGGCAGUCCGAUUCGCAUGGUCACUCCUCAACUCAUUGAAUCAACCAACUCUCCUACUAAAUUUAUAGUGAAACCAGUACUGGGCAUCUCGGGCCUCAAAUCUCCUAAGGCAGGUCCUUCGUCAACGGUCACUUCUGCGUUGAAAACGUCAACUGCAACUUCUGGUUCGAAAACAUCAACUGCCACUUCUGCUUUGAAAUCGUCAACUGUAACUUCUGCGUUGAAAACGUCAACUUCAACUUCUGCGUUGAAAUCGUCAACUGCAACUUCUGCUUUGACAACGUCAACUGUGACUUCUGCAGUUGGAUCCGCACCCUUGAAAUCAGUGACAACCAAACCAGAUUCCUUGAUUAAAAACUCGCCAGCAAGAUCAUCGGUGAGACAGCUGUCUAAUCUGUACGAGUCUUCGUCGAACCUGAGUCCUAAGAAACCUGACCCGGCUGAACUGCCUCUGGCACAACGCAAGGCGCUGUUUGAGAAGAACAGGGGAGCACCGGUCAUGCCCAAGCCAAUCGGCUUCGAGAACAAGCCGAAUCAAGCCGCCAAACCCAGUGCUCGACCGUGUAAACCAGUGAUGCCAACAACUACGCUAUCCAAGACUCAACAGACCAAGAAAUGCAAUCGGUCGGAACGUGAAGAGAGAGGUCUGAGUUCAGUUGUGGCCAUUUUUGAGCAGGGCCCAGGCCCAGGCAUUCAUGGAGGACCCGAUCACAUCCACAAGGCUCAACAGGAGAGACAGCGCGAAAUUGAUAUGCUCAAGCAACGCUGGGAAACCCAGAAAUUGGCACAAGAAUCGAUUGUUCCCGCUCCCCCACCUCUUCCCUGUGAUUCUCCAAUGAAUGGCUCAUUGAGACAGAGGGGUGUGACUUUCUCUCCAACCUACGAAGUUGAGGAAUAUGACGACGAAUUUUCAUAUGAUGACAUUGAUGAAGAUGAUGACCGAUCUAUUUCUCCUGUCAAGAGUCCCAAAGACUACCCAGGAUUGAAGGACACAAAGCCGAUCAAGAUUUCCCCUCCGAAACCCGGACAUCUGUACCCAAAUCUGUCUGACAUGGAGGUGGAAUCCGAUGCUCCACAGUCCGACUUUGAUGAAAUGAUCGAUUAUUAUGAGAGGAAACAACAGGCCGAGGAAAAUGAAAAGCUGAACUCGAGCAUUGAGAGUGAAACAAGUGGUGACAGCCUGGGAAGGAUUAUCAUGGGAACUGCCAAGAAAAGCUUAUCCAGAUCUACACUCAACAGUCUCAAAAGAGACCUCCAUAUGUCAUCAAGCUCUGAUUCUAUGGAUGAUUCCGUAACACAGGAGAACAACAAUCUGCUCAAUGAGUUUUUGGAUGAGGCGCUGGACGAUGAUGACGAGAGUGUAACUCCACCUAAGCGAAGCCGCAGUAGUUUCGAGAAGGAUGUGAGCUCUCUAGCUUCACAUAGCUUUGAAUAUCAGCAGACCAGCAGUCGUGGACAAUUUAGUAAUCCUAGUGGAAAUUCAGAAACCCCACUGCAACAUACCAUCAGCUUCUACCGACGCAAUCAAACUCUGAGCAAUAAAACGCCUAUUUCACCAAGACGCCAGUUUGUGAAUAAUGGAUAUGAUGACGAUCGUGACGUAUCAUCAGAUGAUGACAACAACAAGCAACAAGAAGCUGUGGAAAAGAAGAUACAGGAACUGCAACAAGAGAUUAUUCGCCAAGAAGCCAUAAUUUCUCAAGCCAGUCAAGCGCUGAAUCUAUGUAUUGCAACGAUUGAGUUCUCCAGUUCUACUGAACAGAUAGAAGCAGAGCGGCUUCUUCUUGUGGCAACUCACAAGCGUCAGGCUUUGGUUCACGAAGUCCAGAGAUUGAAGGUGGAGAAAACACUGCGACCUCUGGGUCCAGAUAACGCAAAAUUGACUGAACAAGGCGAUCUCACGCUCAACAGCAUCACUUUGCCACUCAAGUUGGACAAUAUCAGGGCUGCUGCAAGAGACGAGAAAUGUGUGCAUUUGAUCUGUUUGGUGAAAUGCGGCGCGCAAGUUAUUUCGACGUGCAUGCAGUCCACCAACCCACGCAACUUGCAUGACACCAAUCGCCUCACAUUCCCAAAGAGCAUCACCCUAGAGGGGCUCUACAGCGAUUUCAAAGUUGCCAUCGAAGUGUACGGCUUGGCCACCAAAAGCAAGGAACUGCUUCCUCACGAAAUCAAGUAUCACAUCGCCAAGAGCAAGAAGGAUGCCAACAAACAUGGUUUGACACCGAAAAAAUCCAAACAUCAAGAUGACAAGUUAGUGAGACCAAUCUUCCAAUCCAUGGGGGGUCCCAACGCUGUCCGCAGCCCUCAAUUCAGCUUGAUUGGUUAUGUGGUGUUCUCCUUGAGAGAGAUAAAUAGGACGCACUUCACUCUCAACAAGGUGCCGUACACGAGUGUUCUUGAAGGUACCAUUCACCUGAAGAUGAACUGUGAGAUGACAAUCGACAUAGUGCAUCGUGGUUUCCUCACAAUGUUCGACGACAUCUGUGGAAUGGGGGCGUGGCAUAGACGGUGGAGUCAGCUGCAAGGAGACAAGCUGUCCUACUGGAAGUAUCCUGAAGAUGAAAAGAAGAGGAUACCCAAUCGAUACAAUAGAUUUGAACGCUUGUAUCACAGAGACGGUGGAUAUUGUUCCAAGGGAUGUGUGUGCACGUGCUCAUACUUUCUUACUGGAAACAGAACGGCCAAGGAAGCCCGAUGAUCAAAAAUCACUUAUCCUGAUUCCCGACGGAAAACGGACUAUCAUAAGGCAUCUGCUGUCGGCUGACUCCAAGGAGGAAAGAAUCGAAUGGUGCAGAAAUCUCAACAAAGCUCUGGCUUUGCUUAGAGCCUGGGGAAAGAAGAAAAACUAAAGGGUGUACUUAAGAGACUAAGAACUGUUAGUCUCAGUAUAAUAUUUUUUCUGCUACAAACAUUGUUUUCUUUGUCUUCAGGUUUCUGUCGCUUUUUUCAGUCUUAGUCUUUCAAAGACUAAUCAUUUUGUGUAGCACUAUUUCUCUCACUAAUUGCUCUCUAUUUUUUUGGAUUGAGACUAUCAUGACACGAUAAAACACUUGUUUCUUUUUUAGCUAUUGUAUUCUUCCUUGAUCUAUGUCACUUAUAGCUCUCUACUACUUGUAAACGUCUUUACAAACUAUAUAUCUAGGAUUAAUACUUUGCUACUGACUGUAUUUUUUAUACAAUAUAUACAAAUUUUCACUCGAAAAUCAAUAGCAUAAUGAAUUUAUCUUUCAUAGAGUAAUUGUAAUCUAAUGUUUUAGCUUUACUCUCAGUAUUAUAUGCAUUGAUUGAAAAGCUACCCACGUUGAGUCAUUAUUGUGUUUCAUGUUAAUAUGCACUUCCAACCUCUGUGGAUUCGUUAAAUCUCAUUUAUAAUAUUGAAGCGAGAUUUUUAUUUUUAUUAUAUUAUGUAUCCAACGUUAUAGUUAAUUAACUUUAUUAAAAGCUUUCACAAUUUAACAAUUAUUGCUUGAAGAUCCAUAUUACUCUUCAAAUUAAAUAUAGCUGAAUUACUCAUCAUAAUAACAAUCUCCAGCUUUAGUUAACUGAACUUCAAUAAAAGCUUUUAUAUUCUAAAAAUUGCUUCAAGAUUUAUAUAACUCUUUACUUUGUAAUAGCUAGUUUUUAGAGUAGUUGACAAUGUUAACUGUAUAAUAUUUGUAAUAAAAUGUGUUUUACUAAU